AUGCACGGGCCAGCCCCUCGACUCACAGGCAAUGGCUUUGUGUUGACUCCUCCCACUCCCUCCGACAUUCCCGCUCUCGUCGAAGCGUGCACCGAGGCUGAGGCGGUCUCGUCGCUCAACGUCCCGCAGCCGUAUACGCGUGCUGACGCCGAGGCCUACAUACGCGCAGCCCAAGCUGGUGACGGCGGGUACUUUUGGGCCAUUAGGGAGGUGGAUGACGCGCCACUCAUGGGCAUGGUCAAGAUGAGCUUUGCAGCAUUGCCUGGCGCGACCGCAACUCCGCCCACUGGGUUGCUCGAGGCCGACGUCGGCGGCAUCUACCUUCUCCCAGCCCAUAGGUCCAAGGGCAUCGCGACAUGCGCCGCCCGUCUUGUCGCGCAAUGGGGUUUUGAUCGGGGCUUUGACACGCUCCAGUGGGAGUGUCUCGCGUCGAACACGGCCAGCAUUGCGGUCGCGGAGCGCAUCGGGUUCACAUUCUACGGCAGCGGCAUCAGCUCGAGCCAAUACGCGCACCACCAGAACAAGGUAGCCCGCCAGGCGCGCAUGGCGCGCGGCGAGCUGCGAUAG